CCUCCCUCCCUCUCCUCUAUCUCUCUCUCUCUCUCUCUCCAAAAUCCAGCAACUUUGGCUCUCUCGCUCUCUCUCUCUCUCUCACACACACACACACACUCUCUCUCUCUGUGAAACACACAAAGAACGCAGAAAAAGAAGAUCCCAGAUACGCCAUGCUUUCUUGUGUUCUAUAAUCUUCUGCAGUUUCUCUUUGCGUAGAAUUCAUCAACCUAUCCAAUCACCUUUACACGCUACAUCACGAGACUGAUUUCAUCGCUCCUCUGUCUCUCUGUCUCUCUCUCUCCCCCUAUAAUACCCACAACUUUUAACUGCAUUUUCUCAAUUCUGCCGACGCGGGGUUCAUGAUAUUGGCGGUUGAACCCUAUCUGAUCCGUGGUUGAGGCUGAAUUCCAGCUGUUUUUGCGUGGUUUUGAUUGAUUAAGAGUAAGGGCAAGGGAGAAAGUGCAAAAUGGGGACUAGGAACUUGGAGAAGAUGGCCUCGAUCGAUGCCCAAUUGAGGCUUUUGGCGCCGGCCAAGGUGUCGGAAGAUGACAAGUUGGUGGAGUAUGAUGCUCUCUUGUUGGAUCGGUUUCUUGAUAUUCUGCAGGAUUUACACGGCGAGAAAAUCAGAGAAACGGUUCAAGAGUGCUAUGAGCAUUCUGCUGAAUAUGAACGGAAUCAUAAUCCUAAGAAGUUGGACGAGCUGGGGAAUGUGCUUACAAGUUUAGAUGCUGGGGAUUCAAUUGUGAUUGCCAAAUCUUUUUCUCACAUGCUUAACUUAGCCAACUUGGCUGAAGAGGUUCAAAUAGCUUAUCGCCGAAGGGUUAAGUUGAAGAAAGGUGAUUUUGCUGAUGAGGCAUCUGCAACAACUGAAUCAGACCUUGAAGAGACCCUUAAGAGGCUCAUUGUCAAGCUGCAAAAGUCACCUGAAGAAGUUUUUGAUGCUCUGAAGAAUCAGACAGUAGACCUAGUCCUUACAGCACAUCCCACUCAAUCUGUCCGUAGAUCUUUACUUCAAAAGCACGGAAGGAUCCGUAAUUGUUUGACCCAGUUGUAUGCUAAAGAUAUUACCCCAGAUGAUAAGCAGGAGCUUGAUGAGGCUCUACAGAGAGAGAUACAAGCAGCAUUUCGUACAGAUGAAAUCAGGAGGACACCUCCAACUCCACAAGAUGAGAUGAGGGCAGGAAUGAGCUACUUCCAUGAGACUAUCUGGAAAGGAGUCCCAAAAUUUUUACGCCGUGUUGACACUGCAUUGAAAAAUAUGGGGAUCAAUGAGCGUGUUCCUUAUAAUGCUCCUCUAAUUCAAUUCUCUUCAUGGAUGGGUGGGGAUCGUGAUGGGAACCCAAGGGUGACUCCUGAAGUUACACGAGAUGUUUGUUUGUUGGCCAGAAUGAUGGCUGCUAAUUUGUACUUUUCCCAAAUAGAGGAUCUUAUGUUUGAGUUGUCAAUGUGGCGUUGUAACAACGAACUUCGUGCUCGUGCAGAUGAACUUCAUCGGUCCUCAAAGAGAGAUGCAAAACAUUAUAUUGAGUUUUGGAAACAAAUUCCUCCAAAUGAGCCAUAUCGUGUUAUUCUUGGUGAUGUAAGGGACAAGCUGUAUCAUACCCGUGAACGUGCCCGUCAUUUACUAGCCAACGGAUUCUCUGAUAUCCCUGAGGAAGCAGCUUUCACUAAUGUUGAGCAGUUCCUGGAACCUCUUGAACUUUGUUAUAGAUCCCUCUGCGAUUGUGGUGACAAGCCAAUUGCUGAUGGAAGCCUUCUUGAUUUCUUACGACAAGUUUCCACCUUUGGACUCUCACUUGUGAGACUUGAUAUCCGACAAGAAUCAGACAGACACACCGAUGUUAUUGAUGCUAUUACCAGACACCUGGAAAUUGGAUCCUACAAGGAAUGGUCAGAAGAGCGCAGACAGGAGUGGCUUUUAUCUGAACUCCGUAAGAAGCGCCCUUUGUUUGGUCCUGACCUUCCUAAAACUGAAGAAAUCGCUGAUGUGUUGGACACCUUCCAUGUCAUUUCAGAACUCCCCUCAGAUAAUUUUGGUGCCUAUAUAAUAUCAAUGGCAACUGCACCGUCAGAUGUGCUUGCUGUGGAGCUUUUGCAGAGGGAGUGUCGGGUUAAGCAACCGCUAAGGGUUGUCCCAUUGUUUGAAAAACUUGCUGAUCUCGAGGCUGCACCUGCUGCUGUGGCUCGUCUAUUCUCAAUAGAUUGGUAUCAAAACCGGAUUAAUGGAAAGCAAGAAGUUAUGAUCGGGUACUCAGAUUCAGGUAAGGAUGCUGGUCGUCUCUCUGCUGCUUGGCAGCUGUACAAGGCCCAAGAAGAACUCAUAAAAGUGGCAAAGAAAUAUAGCGUGAAACUUACCAUGUUCCAUGGUCGAGGAGGAACUGUUGGAAGAGGAGGGGGUCCAACCCAUCUUGCUAUUUUGUCUCAACCACCUGACACAAUUCAUGGAUCGCUUCGUGUAACAGUUCAAGGUGAAGUUAUUGAACAGUCAUUCGGGGAGGAGCACUUGUGUUUUAGGACCCUACAACGUUUUACUGCAGCUACACUGGAACAUGGAAUGCAUCCGCCAAUCUCACCAAAGCCAGAAUGGCGUGCAUUGAUGGAUGAGAUGGCAGUCGUUGCCACUAAAGAAUAUCGGUCCAUAGUUUUCCAGGAGCCUCGGUUUGUUGAAUACUUCCGCCUUGCAACGCCAGAGACCGAGUAUGGUCGCAUGAACAUUGGCAGUCGUCCAUCAAAAAGAAAACCCAGUGGAGGAAUUGAAUCGCUCCGUGCAAUCCCAUGGAUCUUUGCUUGGACCCAGACAAGGUUUCAUCUCCCAGUCUGGCUUGGUUUUGGUGCUGCAUUCAAGCAUGUUAUUGACAAGGAUAUAAAGAACCUCCAAAUGCUCAAGGAGAUGUACAAUCAGUGGCCUUUCUUCAGAGUGACGAUCGACUUGGUUGAAAUGGUGUUUGCCAAGGGAGAUCCCGGGAUUGCUGCUUUAUAUGACAAGCUGCUGGUGUCAGAAGACUUGUGGGCGCUUGGAGAGCGCUUGAGGUCCAACUACGAAGCAACAAAAAGCCUUCUCCUCCAGAUUGUUGGGCACAAGGAUCUGCUCGAGGGAGACCCAUACUUGAAGCAGAGACUCCGCCUUCGCGAUGCUUACAUUACAACCCUUAAUGCGAGCCAAGCGUACACGCUGAAGCGCAUUCGCGACCCUAGCUACGACGUGAAGGUGAGGCCCCAUCUGUCAAAGGAAAUAAUGGAAUCUAGCAAGCCGCCAACAGCAGAGCUGGUGAAGCUUAACCCGACGAGCGACUAUGCCCCCGGGCUGGAAGACACCCUUAUCAUCACAAUGAAGGGUAUUGCUGCUGGGAUGCAGAACACCGGUUAAAACCCGGCUGUCUAGGCCUUGGUUUGCUUUUGUUUUAUGUAUUCGUUCUUAGAGUACAGUCCAAAACUUAACCGGUCUUUGAUUUUUACCCUCAGCUGUUACAAACAACAACACAAAACAUCACUUGAGCUUUGUGUUUACGUUUGUUUCUUUCAUAUAAUAUAUUAUUAAUAAUAAUUGAUAAAUAUAAUACCUUGUGAAGUUUA